CUCAAAUGAACAGAUCGCACAGUCACGGAUCAGACGUCACCUCUGCUGUCAGAGGCACUCGUAGCCACGGCUCAGGCGCUUCCUUCCUUGCAGCUGCUCAUCACGUCACAAUUUCCUGGAACUUCGCCAAACCAGGCCCUACACCACUGUUCGAGCCACGAGGCGUACACAUCUGCCCUUACGUGGAUUUAUCUACGUGUCCUCACCGAGAUGGCUAUUCAAACAGCUUCAACAGCCUUGCACAACACGUUAGCGCAUUCUACAGCAAGGAGCGGGUUAUCUCGUACGAUACUAGCAAGGUCGAAGACAGGACGAAGAAGACCCCAUGCUCUAAUGGCUGCGACUGUUGUCGGUCACACAUUGACAAGCGAAUCAACACGUCAAGUUCGAGGAGUGUCCUGCGCCAAAACAGACAGAUUUGCAGUGUCCAUGGGGCCCGUACAUCAAUUGCAAGAACACCCUGAGUAUCUCUAGCAGUAUAGACUUGGAACCAGGCGAGCAACGUGAC